UCUGUGUUUCAUCUUCUAGGUUAAAAUUCAGAAUGAUUUCAGUUAUGAGUUUUUCAACAGCAGCUGGUCUUAUAUGAAACACACAGAGAGGUAUGAAAAAUCAAACAGUGGGCACAGUUAUUCACAGAAUAAAAUUCUGCAACACAGUCAAAAGAGUAAACAGCUGAUGGUUGUUGAGAACAGUGUGGAAGUUGCUCAGUUUAUUAACAACCGCCCAGAUUUUCUCACACUUGCGGAGGCCUUUUGGAAGGAACUGGCCAACCUUCCAGUCGUCUAUGAGUACAAUGUCUACCGAAGACUUAUUGAACAUUUUGGGACUCAUUUCUUACAGUCUGGAUCUCUAGGAGGACAUUACAAAGUUAUUUUUUAUAUGGAUACCGACAAAAUGAAAGCAGAAGGUAUGAGCAUUACAGACAUGUACGAGUGCACCACAUCAGGCUGGAAUGCAUUCAUUGUGAAGAAGAAGAAAGUAAAGUGCUCCAAACUGGAUGAACUGCUACAGACUUCUUCAGGAAGCAGUGGUAAUAAGAUUAAAGGAGACCCAUACAUAGAAGGAGGAAGCCCAGGUGCUGUUGCUGGCCUUAGUUAUCUAGAGCUGAAUAAUCCUGCUGGGAACAGUCAGAGAUACUCCUUUUGGGCCAGAUCAGUGACAGACUAUCCCAGAGUAAUUAAACAAAAGCUGACACCAUUAUAUGAGCUGGUAAAGGAAGUGCCCUGCUCCUCAGUCAAAAAGCAUUACCUAAAACAAGCCAUUGAAGAAUAUAUGGCUGAAAAUGAUCCCUGCAAAUGUCAGCCUUGCCAGAAUGGUGGUGAGGCGGCCGUGGAAGGAACUCGUUGCGUGUGUUACUGCAAGCCUUACACCUUUGGAUCAGCUUGUGAGCUGGGAACUCUUGUGCAAGAUCAGCCAGGAGUUGUUGAUGGACACUGGAGCUGCUGGUCUUCCUGGAGUCCUUGUUCGGGGGGAAGGAAAUCAAGGAGUAGAACCUGCAACAACCCCUCCCCACGUGGUGGUGGGAAGGCCUGCAUAGGAGAGCAGCGUGAAAGCAGACCAUGUGAGGAUGAAGAGUUGCAGCAUUUUCGAUUGAUUGAACCACACUGUUUUGAUUUAUCCAUAACUCCUACAGAAUUCUGUUCACCUCCUCCUCUCUUGGAAAAUGGAUUUGUUCAAAAUGCUGAAAACUCAUACCCUGUUGGGAAAAACAUUGUUUAUGCUUGCAGACAUGGAUAUUCUCUUGUUGGUGAUCCUGUUGCUAAGUGCAGCAGUAAUUUACAGUGGCAAGUUGGAGACAGAUAUUGCCAGGAAACUGCUUGUCUCCUGCCUGUCCUGGAGGGGGGUUUGCAAGGAGAGCCAUGGAAACCUGUGUAUGAGAUUGGUGAGAGAAUAACUCUGUCUUGUCCACAUGGCAUGCACUUAGAAGGGGCAAGCUCUGUUUUGUGUGAGCCCAGUCUCAAGUGGUCUCCUGACACGAAGACUAUCCAGUGCAAGAGACCAGUGCCCAGUGUGAAACCAGAAGUGACAGAGCCUAAAUGUCAGCCAUGGGAGAAAGUGCAUCAGUCUCAGUGUGUGUGCAAAAUGCCCUAUGAGUGUGGUCCUUCCCUGGACACCUGUGCUACAGAUCAAAGAACCAAAAGAAACACACCCUUAACUGUUUGCAAGAUGCAUGCCUUGGAAUGCAUGGGCAGAAAAUAUUCUCUUACUAAUGCAGAAAACUGCAAAAUACCUCAAGCAGCUGCAAUAUCAUGUGGAUCAUGCCAUUUGUGGGAAAAAUGUGAUGCGCAAUCCAACAGCUGUGUUUGUGACGAAGACAGGCCGUGUGAGGAGGGAGGCAUCCAGAUCUGUGCUGAAGUGAGUGGCUCUGCUGCCCCUCGGACCAUGACCGAGUGCGAGGCCGGCCGGCUCAGAUGCCGGGGGGAGACUGUCACCCUUCUCAGCAUAAGGCCCUGCGACGUACAAAGCAAAUAAGAUACGUUACGGUUCAUUUUGCUUAUUGCCAUGGGGUA